AUGGACUUAAAUCCUCCAUCAUUUUUCCGAUUUUCCGAUUUAUUACGAAAAUCUCAUUUUCAAAGCGAAUCAGAGAGUAAAGGAAAAGGAAAGGCCAUAGCGGUUGAUUUUACAACUAAUUUGUUGGAAAAUAUUCAUCAAGCGCAAGAAGAAUUGAAAUACAAUUUAAGUCAAUUUAAGCAAAUUCUUCAACAAAAUCAAAAUAUUCAAUGGCAACAACAAACCUCUUAUGAUCUUAAAGAGAAUGAAUACGGAUCUGAUCUAUUCUUCAACGAUCUCCCAACAUCAUAUUUUUAUGAUGAUUUUCAUGAUAAUGAACUUGAAAAUGGAAUUCAAGACUUUAAUUUAGAUGGAAUUAAGGAUCAAUAUAAAGACGAAAGUGCAGUCUUUGACAAGGAAUGGUUAUUAAAACAAUGUGAAUCACAUAUAUCAACAUUUGGAGAUGCAAGUGGUGCUAUAACACCCAUAAAAUUAUGUACAAAUAUAUUUACAGUACUGAGAUCCGAUAAAAAAGAUGACAUUGAAACAGAACUCGUUGAUCUCCUUGGAUAUGAAAACCUUAAUUUUGUUACAGCGCUGGUUACUAACCGGUUCGAGAUCGUUGAAAACAUACGUAUGAAUUCUGAUUUUAAUGAGAAUCAAAUGGAUUAUUUUGAAAAAUCGGAUCUUCUGUUUGAUUCAAUCCCAACUGAGCCAAAGCGCCCUCAGUUUGGUUCACAAGUUACCGUUCAGUAUGCAGACGAUGUAAAAAAAAUGAAACGACUGAAAAAGGAAUAUAAAAAGGCAAUGAAGAAUCGGAGUACUGAGGAUGAAGAAUCCCUAUCUGCCAGAAUAUUAGGCUUUGACGUUGAUAAGCUACGUGAAAUUAGAGAACAUGAACUACGCGCUGCAAAUGAUUUGCCAUUACUUCCUCAGCGUAGUUUCAAGCAUGUUUUUGGGAAAACUCAACCUGGUAGUGUUUUAUCUGUCUUCGGAACCAAAUAUUCACUACCAUCUGGGACUAAACAAUACAAUUAUGCUGAUCAUGAAGAAAUAAUAAUUCCUAUCACCGAACAAGCACCACAACUAAAAAACCAAAAGUUAAUUACUUUAGCAGAAAUGGAUUAUCUUUGUAAAGGUUCAUUUAAAGUAAGAGCAUAUUGGUUAAGAAAUGAUUUGGGAUAUAAAUCACUUAAUUGUGUACAAUCAAUCGUUUACCCUGUUGCUUAUAAAAAAAACGAUAAUAUGCUGAUUUGUGCUCCCACAGGAGCAGGCAAGACAGACGUAGCUAUGCUUGCAAUUCUCCGAAUCUUAUAUCAAUACUGCGAUCCUAAUCCCUCAACAAUUUCAGAAAAUCAAAACUUUACUAUUAAGAAGAAUGAGUUUAAGGUCGUUUAUAUUGCACCGAUGAAAGCCUUAGUGGCUGAAAUUGUGAAAAAACUCGGUAAAAGAUUAGAAUGGUUAGGCAUUCAAGUGAGAGAAUUAACUGGUGAUAUACAAUUAACAAAAACAGAAAUUUCUAAUACUCAAAUCAUCGUAACUACUCCUGAAAAAUGGGAUGUAGUGACAAGAAAGAGUACAGGAGAUACCGAGCUGUCAAAAAAAGUCAAAUUGCUUAUCAUCGAUGAAGUGCAUUUAUUACAUGAUGAUCGAGGUGCUGUUCUUGAAAGUCUUGUUGCUAGAACACGUCGUCAGGUUGAAUCUAGUCAAUCAAUGAUUCGUAUUAUCGGUCUUUCAGCAACAUUACAUAAUUAUGUGGAUGUAGCUCGAUUUUUGGGAGUGAACCUUAAUAAUGGUGCGGAGGGCUUAUUCUAUUUUGAUGGAGGGUUUAGACCUGUACCGCUUGAACAACAUUUUAUUGGUGUAAAAGGAAAACCCGGAUCAUCAACUUCAAAUAACAAUCUUAAUCAUGUUUGCUGGGAAAAGGUAUUGGACCUUGUCAAGAAAGGACAUCAAGUGAUGGUUUUUGUUCAUGCGCGAAAAGAAACUGUAAAAACGGCACAAUUAUUACGUGAAUUUGCCACUAAGGAUGGGUAUGAUGCAAAACGAGAAGUCGCAAAAUCUAAAAACAAGGAGUUAGUUGAACUGUUUUCUUCUUCAUUUGGAAUUCAUCAUGCUGGUAUGCAAAGAUCUGACCGAACGAUGACCGAGCGUUUAUUUGAAGAAGGACUUAUCAAGGUUUUAUGCUGCACAGCAACAUUGGCUUGGGGUGUCAAUUUACCAGCCUACGCUGUUAUUAUUAAAGGUACUCAUGUAUAUGAUACACAAAAAGGUAAUUUCGUUGAUUUGUCCAUUUUAGACGUCAUGCAAAUUUUUGGCCGAGCAGGUCGUCCACAGUAUGAAACAUAUGGAGUUGGAUAUAUAUUGACGACUAAUGACAAACUGUCCAAUUAUGUAUCAGCAAUGACACAACAGUAUCCUAUUGAAUCCAAGUUUGUCAACAGUCUGGUUGACAAUUUAAAUGCAGAAAUAUCUCUUGGUACUGUGUCAACAGUUGACGAAGGUGUUAGAUGGCUAGGUUACACGUAUCUAUUUGUUCGCAUGAAGCAAAAUCCUCUUGUUUAUGGGAUUGAUCCGAAGGAGCCCUAUGAGGAUCCCGAACUUGGUAUAAAACGCCGUACGCUUAUCGAGUUUGCUGCAAAGGAGCUUCAUAAAAAUGAGAUGAUUACGUUUAAUACUGAAAGCGAUUAUUUCAGCUCCAGAGAUAUUGGACGUAUUGCAUCAAAUUAUUAUAUAAGCUAUAAGAAUAUUGAAAUUUUCAAUAAACAAUUAAAAGAACACAUGUUAGAAGCAGAUAUCUUAGCUAUGAUAAGCAGAAGUAGUGAAUUUGAGGAUCUCAAAGCAAGAGAGGAGGAGAGUAAAGAGUUAUUAAAACUUAAAGAAAACGCAUGCCAUUGUCAAAUAAAGUAUGAUGUCGAUACCACGGAAGGAAAAGUCAAUAUUUUGCUACAAUCACACUUAUCUGGUGUCAGACCUGAAGAUUUUGCUUUGGUUUCGGACUCAGCUUAUGUAGUUCAAAUUGCUAGCCGAGUAGUUCGAGCUUUAUUCGAAAUCGCACUUCAUCGUAACAUGAGUCAAGUGACAUCACAAUUGUUGACAUUUAGUAAAUGUAUUGACAAGCAAAUGUGGAUGUUUGAGACUCCUUUAAUUCAAUUUGGUUUGCCACGGGAGAUUUGUUUGAAACUUGAUUCUAUUCCACGUAAACCGACCAUUGAAAGAAUGAGAGAUAUGAAUCCGGCUGAACUUGGACAGCUUGUGCGUAACAAACGCAUGGGUUUAGUAGUUUCUAAAUGUGUGGACCAAUUUCCUCUACUCAAACUUGAUGCGCAGAUCGCUCCAAUUACUCGCAACGUUUUACGUUUAAUUCUCAGUAUCACGCCUGACUUUGUUUGGAAUGAACGAGUUCAUGGUACAGUAGAACCUUGGUGGAUAUUUGUUGAAGAUGCUAAUAAUGCAGAUCUUUAUCACUCAGAGUAUUUCAUACUGAAUAAAAAGCAACUUGGUGAAACACAGAAUAUUUGCUUUGCAAUUCCGAUUCAAGAACCGUUUCCUCCUCAAAUUUUUAUAAAAGUUGUUUCAGAUAGAUGGAUUGGAUCAGAAGUCAUUCAUCCAAUUUCUUUACAAAAUCUUAUAUUGCCUGAUCAUAACCAUGAGCAUACAGAAUUGCUAAAUCUUCCACCACUGCCUAUAUCUAGCCUUAAUAAUAAAAUUCUUGAAAAUAUAUAUGCCCAAAGGUUUUCUCAUUUCAACCCUGUGCAGACACAAGUCUUUGAUACGUUAUACAAGACAUCAAAUAAUGUGUUAGUUGGGGCACCAACAGGUUCUGGUAAAACUGUUACAGCCGAACUCGCUAUGUGGUGGGCAUUUCGAGAAUUUCCACGGUCUAAAGUCGUUUACAUUGCACCGCUGAAAGCACUUGUUCGAGAACGUGUAGAUGAUUGGCAAAGUAGGCUGACUGGGCCGACGAAAAGAAAGCUUGUGGAGUUGACUGGAGAUGUAACUCCGGAUCUUAGAUCUAUCGAGAAAGCAGAUAUAAUUAUAACAACACCAGAAAAAUGGGAUGGAAUUAGCCGUAGUUGGCAACAUCGAAAUUAUGUACAAGCUGUCUCACUUGUAAUCAUAGAUGAAAUUCAUUUACUUGGAGGUGAUCGUGGCCCUAUAUUAGAGGCGAUCGUGUCACGCAUGAAUUAUAUCGGAUCACAAACUGAUAAGAAAGUGCGCAUUGUUGGAUUAUCAACAGCCCUUGCAAACGCCAAAGAUUUGGCAGAUUGGUUAAAUAUUGAAAAAGAUGGACUGUUCAAUUUUAGUCAUUCAGUGCGUCCUGUACCUUUAGAGAUUGAAAUUGAGGGUUUCUCCGGCAGACAUUAUUGUCCUCGUAUGGCUACCAUGAAUAAACCUGCUUUUGCAAAGAUUAUGUGUCAUUCUCCCCAAAAACCUGUGAUUGUGUUUGUAUCAUCGCGUAGGCAAACGCGUUUGACUGCACAGGAUUUGAUUGCAUAUGUUUGCAUGACCGAUAAUCCAUAUCAUUUUUUAAAAAUGCAAGAUGAAGAAUUACAAAUGAUACUUACUCAAAUUAAUGACAGUAGCAUGAAAAAUUCACUUGCUUUUGGUAUCGGAUUGCAUCAUGCUGGGCUAGUAGAAAGUGACAGAAAAAUAGUAGAAGAACUUUUCUUGCAUCAAAAGAUUCAAGUGCUUGUUGCUACAAGUACAUUGGCGUGGGGUGUUAAUCUGCCAGCUCAUCUUGUAAUAAUUAAAGGGACUGAAUAUUUUGAUGGAAAAUCUAAAGGGUAUGUUGACUUUCCAAUUACAGAUGUACUUCAAAUGAUGGGAAGAGCAGGCCGUCCGCAGUUCGAUAAUAGUGGUGUGGCAUGUAUUUUUGUUCAAGAUUCCAAAAAGACAUUCUAUCAGAAAUUUUUGUACGAACCAUUUCCAGUUGAAUCUAGUUUACAUGUGCAACUUGAAAACCAUUUAAACGCGGAGAUAAUGUCAAAGAGCAUCAAGUCAAAAGAGGAUGCGAUGCGAUACCUUGUUUGCACGUAUUUUUAUCGAAGGCUGCGACAGAACCCAGCUUAUUAUGGUUUAGAGGAAAAUUCCGAAAAGGCGAUAGAUGAUUUUCUGUCUAAAUUGUUUGAAAAGUCAAUAAACGAGCUUAAUAUUUCUGGAUGUGUAGAAUAUGACGAAGAUUACAACAUAAUGACAACCAUUUUUGGAAAAGUCGCUUCUGAUUACUAUCUCUCACAUAAAACGAUACGUCUCUUUCGCAAUCGCAUCAAAAACGAUGUAUCUGUCCGAGACCUCUUGGGUAUUCUUUGUGACUCUGACGAAUAUGCUGAGCUUCCAGUACGUCACAAUGAGGACUUGCAAAAUCAAGAUUUGGAAAAGGAUCUUCCAUGGCCCGUACAAUUUCAUCAACCUUAUGACAGUCCUCAUGCAAAAACCUUUUUGUUGCUUCAAGCACAUUUUGCUAGAAUCAAAUUACCUAUCACUGAUUAUGUUACAGAUACUCUGUCUGUAUUGGAUCAAGCAGUUCGAAUUGCACAGGCAAUGAUUGACAUUUCUGUUGAACGGAAGACGUUAGCGACAUGCUUAAAUAUAAUGACUUUACUGCAAUGUAUUAAACAAGCGCGCUGGCCUGACGAAUCGUCAUUAUUGACAUUACCCGGAGUUGUAAGUCAAAUGAUUGGCUCAUUUGCGCAUAAGGGCCGAACUAUCACAUGUAUCGGUGAAUUGACUGAUCUUUCUAAAGAGGAACUAAUAAAUCUAUUCAAAAGCGUUAAUCUUUCAGAGUCUGAAGUUCAAAAGAUCUGUAAAAUAGUAUCGGACAUUCCAUCAGUAGAACUUAGCUGCCAUAUAGAUGCGGAUAACGAAUCAUUGGCACCUGAAACUGAAUAUACACUUUUAGUGUCUAUGGAAAGAUUUAAAUUGAGAUCAGACUGUAAUGGAAGGAUAUAUUCACCUCGAUUCCCGAAACCUCAAUAUGAAUCGUGGUGGAUUCUGCUAGGUGAUCCCAACUCAGAUAUUAUAAUUGAUUUGAGAAGAGUAAAUAUGCGUAGUGGAACAUCAGGUAUAUUCAUGAAAAAAAUUCAAACGAAGUUGAAAUUAGUCACACCAAAACGGGAGGGUAAAUACACUUAUUCGGUUUUUUUAAUUAGUGAUGGUUAUUUAGGAAUAGACCAACAACAUUCCAUCGAACUUAGACACGUCUCAAGUCAAGGGAAAUACUAUACAGUGGAUAAGACCAGAAAACGAGAUAGACAACAUAAUGAUUACCCAAUUUGUUCUGAGAUAUUAGAUAUUGAUUCAGAGCCUCUUAGUAAACUUGUAGCUUCCAGUAAAAAAGAUUUGAUACUAUCAAACCAAAUGCUAAUGAAAGUUUGUGAGAAUUUUGUUAGAAAGAAGAGAAAAAGACAAGCCAAGGUUUUGAAUACGCUAGGUGCUGUGUUGUUUGGAAAGUUCAUAGAUAGCUUCGAAGAACUAAUAAAAUUUGACAAAACAAAUGUUGGAAGCAACUCAAGUUUUAUUAUAAUUAUUAUAUAUUUAUACACUAAUACUUUUUUGGGGCGAAACUGGAUAUCAUCAAAGUGGAAUUCAUUUGCAACAACUAGAAAGCCUUCAAUAAAAGAAGGAUUACACGUGUGA